AUGGUGCUGGAAGGCCCAUACGUUAGUCAAAGCAAUCGAGUUAUCCGACAAUUCGUCGGAUACGAGGACCACUUCCUCCGUGUCGACUUCCGCGACGAGGAUCGACUGCAAUACAGAUGGGCGCGAGAGGUUGAUGGUACCACGCUACUCCACAACCGCGUGGGCGGUGUCUUGAAGAAGGGCUUUGAGCUUGGCGGGCGACACUUCGAGUUCCUUGCCUAUUCUUCCUCGGCCCUACGGGAGCACGCGGUGUGGUUCAUGAAUCCCUUCCAUCACAAGAUGCAAGGAUGGAUCAACGCCCACAAGAUCCGUGAAAGCCUAGGAGACUUCAAGAACGUCAUCCGAUACCCGUCAAAGUACGCAGCACGUCUAGCUCAAGCUUUCACUGCAACAGACCCGUCGGUGUCCAUUACGAGGGACCAAUGGGAAGAAGUCGAGGAUCUCGGACCAAAGCUGUAUCUGUACACAGACGGUGUAGGCACCAUAUCGCCCGAACUCGGUGAAAUGAUUUGGGAGGCACUUUGUACUGCCAAGGAAGACCUUCGGAGACAUGACCGGAAGCCUUCCGCCUACCAAAUACGUUUUCUAGGGUUCAAGGGAAUGGUUGGCAUUGACGAGCGGCUCAAAGGGGUUAAGAUGCGCUUACGCAAGUCGAUGAAGAAGUUCGAGGGACUGGACAAAGACGCCGCCCCUAUCGAGAUUGCCCGAUGGUUCGAUAAACCAGGUACCUCUUACUUAAACAGGGCUCUUGUGAUGAUUCUCGAAGAUCGCGGGGUAGACAAGGAGGUUUUUAUGAAGCUUCAAGAAGACGCAAUCACGGAAGUUGUCAGUUCGUCUGACACGGUCGAUGGAGCAACCGGGAUGCUGAAAAUGCACAACCUGGGUCUGAGCUUCUCUAUUCCCUUCAUUCUCGACCGCCUCGGCGCGGCAGGUAUGGGAAUGAAAGGAAAGAACGCGGCAAACUUGCAGGGAACCUUCCUUCACAGUCUCCUCGCAUACGCCAAGAAUCACAUCUUGAGAGACAUGAAGCACAGUGCCCGGGUGCCCAUUCCUGAAAGUUAUCUGCUCGUUGGAUUGGCGGACGAGGGCCCUGCUUACUUGGAGGAGCUGCGCGCGGAGCGGCAAGAUGGGUACGACAAAGAGAAAGUCUGGGACGGCGUCAGUCCAGAAGACAUCCUCUGUUUGGAAGAUGGCCAUAUAUUUGGUGAACAUCACCUCGUCAUCUCUGUGAAAAUACUCCCUUAUACGUCUUCAGCAUGUGUACAGCACGUCGACGGCCCCCCAAUAUAUAUCCAAGGAACUGUGAUCAUACAGCGGAGUCCUGUUGUCCAUCCAGGUGACGUCCAGCGGGUGUAUGCUAUCGGUGAACCGCCGGCAGGCAAGAUAUGUUCGUUCCGCAACCUGCGAAAUGUCGUCGUCCUUCCCAGCCGAGGCAGCCGUUCGCUAGCUUCAAUGUUGGGUGGAGGCGAUCUCGACGGGGACUUAUACUCGGUUAUCAAGUACAGCCCGUUGCUACCCACCAUUGCGGCCGGUCCUGCGGACUACACAGGAAUGGGAAGCCGCAAGCUUCCGGACGGCCAGGAAAGUACGGUUGAUGACAUUUGCGAUUUCGUGGUGGAAUAUAUCAACUCCGAUGUCUUGGACGGAGUCAAUGAUCCCGCAUGUCUCGAUCUCGCCCAACUCUGCAGUCAAGCGGUGGAUUACCCCAAGAACGGUGUACAGGUCGAUAUCCAUGAUUCCCCUAGACUCCUCAUCCGAGCGAAACCUGACUGGAAAAUGGCUGAGGAAGAUGAUCCACGCGAUACGGACUACUACAUGUCUUCUCGUGCUCUGGGAGAGUUGUUCAGGAGCAUCACCGUCAGUAAACCUCAAGUUCCCAAGCAGUCUUUCCCCGACCCCGAGGGACCGAAAAUAGUACAAAAACCUCCAACCAAGCAGUCAAUCCUUUGCGAUCCUAUAUCCCUAGCUCUCAGGCCAUUCAUCGAGCGUCAACUGCACUACUUUAUCAACGAUGACAACAACGUCGCCGACAUGCGCACCCUGUUCCUCCGCUACGAACGCGAGCUGCGCUACAUCUGUGUCACUCACGCGCUCUCGGACGCUCCGGACAUCCGACUACAGGAAGAAGAGGUCGCGAUCGGGACGAUUCUCGCGAACUGCUCCCAACACCGCUGGCGCACCGACCGGAUGCACCGGAUGCGAAUGCACGCGUCGGAGCUCGCACGCGACAUUCGCUUGAGGCUGUUCCGGCCAAGCGACACGCUCAACCCGGACCAGGGCGAGCUGCUCUAUGGCCUGUCGCUGGCGUGGCUUGCGUGGGACUUCGGGAUGCGGAACGCACAGGUGUUCGGGGCUCGCACUUUCAGUCUCAUCGCUCUCGGAGUGGUCCUGGACACUCUGACCAAGUUGGGGGCUUUGCCUCUUCAAUACCAGGAGCCCCGAGUGCAAAUGAUGUACCAGUACUACCGCCGCAAGCUUGGCGAGCGUGACUUCACCGCUCUGUCCUCGAAGGCCAUAGCAUCCCUCGUCGCCUCACCCGACCCCAUCCGAAAUGUGGACCCUCACGAUCCCAACUCCCAUCUAUCGAGAAUACUCAUCCCUCGGGCUCCUGACACGGUCAACAACACUGCGGUCAAGCAGUACAUUGUCGACACCAUGAAGAAACUGAAGUGGCACGUCGAGGAGGAUUCAUUCGCGGACAGCACGCCAUACGGAGUCAAGAAAUUCACCAAUGUCAUCGCGACGAAAGACCCCAAGGCCAUGCGACGCGUCAUUUUGGCCGCGCACUUUGAUAGCAAGUUCUUUGAGAACAAUCAGGCGAGUUCAGCGCGUCCAGAGUGCUAUGUGUGCCGACUGACUUGA